AUGGCGGGUCCGCUGGCCGUUUGCAACGAGUCGCUGGGCGCCCUGUACUUCAUCAACGGCCGGGGCGAUGUGCUCAUACAGCGCAUCUACCGAGACGACAUUGAGCGCAACCUGGCCUCAGCCUUCCGCAGCCACGUGAUCAACAGCCGGGAGACGGACGCCGCCAGCCUGGCGCCGGUGCGCCAGUUUGGCGACGCCUCCUACGUCUACCUGCGCGCCGGCAACGUGUACCUGCUGGCGAUCACCAAGCGCAACAGCAACGCCUUGAUGAUCAUGCAGUUCCUCAGCAGGCUGGUGGACCUGGUGCGGGCGUACUGCCAGGGCGAGUUCAGCGAGGAUGUGGUGAAGGGCAACUUUGUGCUCAUCUACGAGCUGCUGGAUGAGGUGCUGGACCACGGGUACCCGCAGCCGCGGCUGCUGCUGCUGCUGCUUGUUGUCGUGCUGCAGGGCUGGGUGACUCCUGCCACCAAGAAGAAGCGGGAGGCGGAGGCGGCAAACGCAACGCUGCAGGUUACGGGCGCAGUGGGGUGGCGCAAGGAGGGGCUGCGCUACAAGAAAAAUGAAGUGUUCCUGGACGUGAUAGAGAAUGUCGACAUGCUGAUGAGCGCGCAGGCAGGGCGGCCGCUCGUGCUGCGGUGCGAGGUGCAGGGCAGGCUGGUGAUGAAGGCGUUCCUGAGCGGCAUGCCCGACAUCAAGCUGGGGCUCAACGACAAGCUGGAGGAUGUGACUUUCCACCCCUGCGUCAACCUGGGCCGCUUCAACGCCGAGAAGGUGGUGUCGUUUGUGCCGCCGGACGGCGAGUUUGAGCUGAUGAAGUACCGCUGCACCGAGGGCAUCACGCUGCCCUUCAAGGCGGUAGCGCUCAUCCAGGAGCACGGCCGCACGCGGCUAGACGUCACAGUCAAGGUCAAGAGCACCUUCCCCGUGAAGCUGUUUGCCACCAACAUGGUGGUGCUGGUGCCGGUGCCCGACCAGACUGCCCGCGCCUCCUUCAACAUCACCGCAGGCAAGGCCAAGUACGACCCCAAGCGCCACGCCCUGGUGUGGAAGCUGAAGAAGUUCCCCGGGGAGACGGAGCACACCCUGGCGGCCAGCGUGGAGCUCAUCGCCACCACGCGCGACAAGAAGCCGUGGAGCCGGCCGCCGCUGUCCAUGAGUUUCCAGGUGCCCAUGCACAGCGCCAGCGGGGUGCGGGUGCAGUACCUCAAAGUCUGGGAGAAGAGCAGCUACAAGGUAGACAAGUGGGUGCGGCGCUUGCUACGUGCAAACCCAGGAGACUACGAAGUGCGGCUGUAGGCCCCAGCCCCUGUGCUUCGGCGGCAACAGCAGCGCCAGUUCCGGGCCGCAGCUGCGGCAGGGCACAGGCAGCACGGGUUUGGGGCAGCAAGCAUGCAUGGCAGGGACUUUCUGGGCUCCUGGGCUGCUUCGCUGUGAGCCGACCGGCCUUGGUUUGCAAUCGGCGUGGGCAAGGCCAGCGCAUCUUUUACGGUUGUUGACGCAGUGGUCAGCAUUCACUGUACCCUUUGAACUUUG